UUGUUUGUUAUUCUUGGAAGUUAAUGUUGCUGUUGGAUAUACAGGUGAGUGAUGCUAGUGGUUAUUUGGAGAGGACAUUCUUGAGUCCUGCAUCCAUGAGGGCAAUUAAUCUUAUUCGUAAAUGGAUGGAGGAUGCUGGUUUGAGAACGUGGGUGGACCAAAUGGGAAAUGUGCAUGGUCGAGUUGAUGGUGCUAAUGCAAAUGCUGAAGCCUUAUUGAUUGGAUCUCACAUGGACACUGUUGUUGAUGCUGGGAUGUUUGAUGGAUCACUAGGAAUUGUCUCUGCAAUAUCCGCCUUGAAGGCUUUGCAUGUCAAUGGAAAGCUGCAAACGCUAAAGCGCCCUGUUGAGGUUAGUCAAGUAACUGAUAAUGUUUUCAAUAAAAGAAGGAAAAUGCUAACCAGUGCCUUAUGGCAAGGAAUCAAAAGCAGGAAGUUUUUAUUGAAUAGUGUAUCUGUACAUUCUUCCCCGUAACUUUAUUGUAGUUUUUAAUGAA